AUGAAAACAUCCUCUUCCUCUCCUCCCGGCCUCCCUUGUCCUGUUCCAGAGGAGAAAGAGAAGAAGCCAUUCUUGAGGGGUGCUGGUCGGAAGGCCCGGCGUAUUGUGAGCUCCAGUGAGAGUGAUGGAGAGACAACGACCACCAGACAACUCAACCCGAAACGCUCGAAACACACCACAGCGAGAGACAGGACACACACACAUCCGUCUCCAGUUUUGGUUCCAGGGAAGUUUGUGACUCAUCGUAGGGGCGCAACAACCGCCAAACACAAAGCCCCCAAGAGGAAACUCAGUGUCCUGCUAGCCCAGCUCAGCCUCAACUCCUCCGAUGACUUCGUCCAGGGUGGAAGAGAAGUACGGGUCCAGCGUUCCUUCCCUCGCCGUGCCAAACAGGGGCGGGCCCUGGCCAACGCUGACAGCUCAUUGGUCGACCUGGGUAACAGCGGAGUAACCAACAGUAACGGUUUCCUGCGAGACAUCUCUCUGAACGAGUCGCCCGAGCGCUCCUGCCACAGGAAACCUCUCUUCUCCUCCACCCCCAGCUCACGUUCCCUCCCUCCUCCUCCUCCCUCCUUCGUCCGUCCACCCAACCUCGCCAGUGACAUCAUCUCUCUGAACACCACCCAGGAGGAGGAGCUCGAUGUACCAGAGGACCGCGUCUCUCUCACAGAGCUGCGCCAGGCAGUGGGACAACCAGAGGUAGGAAACCGUGAAGAGCUGACUCCCCGUGGAUCAACCAGUCUGAGGAGUAUCGGGAGCCGGAAUGGAGGCUCUGCGAUCCAAGAUGGCGUCGGUGAGCAGCCGAGCCCGGAGCUGUUCUCCGCGGUUGCCUGUGAGCAGACUGACCCGGACAGGACCGGGGAGGAAACUGAGGACGGCGGCCAUUUUGUGUCGGCGGCGGUGGGACAGGAUUGGCUGGCCGAGGUCGUGAAGGCGAGGUGUCUGACACAGUGCUGUGUCGUACGGCUAGAGAGAGUGCACAAACUGCACGGCGACACCACAUGUUCGCCCUGCGUCGACCGGACACGGUCCCAUGACAACGGGCGGUCGGUUGACCACGUGCGCUCGGCGACCAGGGGUCAGUCCAUCGACCAGACACGGUCACAUGACAACGGGCGGUCUGUCGACCACGUGCGCUCGGCGACCAGGGGUCAGUCCAUCGACCAGACACGGUCACAUGACAACGGGCGGUCUGACCACUCGGAGAUCUGGGAUUCCUCUAGAGAGACCGCACAGGGGUCAGUGACUGAAGGGCAGUCCAUCGACCACUCGGAGAUCUGGGAUUCCUCUAGAGACCACACAGGGUCAGUGACUGAAGGGCAGUCUAUAGACCGUGCGGUCAGCGACAGCGGUCAGUCUCUGGGCCGUAACGGGUCUGUCAGCCGGACCAGUGACGAACCUGUCAGGGUGAAGCAGAGACUGACCACACACUGUGAGGUACAGCUUGGGAGGCUGACCGUAACUCGACUCCACAGAGAGACCAGCCUGACCGUAACCCGACCCCACAGAGAGACCAGCCUGACCGUAACUCGACCCCACAGAGAGACCAGCCUGACCGUAACUCGACCCCACAGAGAGACCAGCCUGACCGUAACUCGACCCCACAGAGAGACCAGCCUGACCGUAACUCGACCCCACAGAGAGACCAGCCUGACCGUAACUCGACCCCACAGAGAGACCAGCCUGACCGUAACUCGACCCCACAGAGAGACCAGCCUGACCGUAACUCGACCCCACAGAGAGACCAGCCUGACCGUAACUCGACCCCACAGAGAGACCAGCCUGUUGUCCAGUGACCACAACACGCGGUCGGACAGCGGUACGGCAGGUAACCACGCACGUUCAGGGAACGUUCCAAGGGACAGUCUCAUUCCUAAAGACCACGUUCCCAGGGACAGUCUCGUUCCUAAAGACCACGUUCCCAGGGACAAGGACAGUCUCGUCCCUAAAGACCACGUUCCCAGGGACAGUCUCGUCCCUAAAGACCACGUUCCCAGGGACAGUCUCGUUCCUAAAGACCACGUUCCCAGGGACAGGGACAGUCUCGUCCCUAAAGACCACGUUCCCAGGGACAGUCUCGUCCCUAAAGACCACGUUCCCAGGGACAGUCUCGUUCCUAAAGACCACGUUCCCAGGGACAGUCUCGUUCCUAAAGACCACGUUCCCAGGGACAGACCUAAAGACCACGUUCCCAGGGACAGUCUCGUUCCUAAAGACCACGUUCCCAGGGACAGUCUCGUUCCUAAAGACCACGUUCCCAGGGACAGUCUCGUUCCUAAAGACCACGUUCCCAGGGACAGUCUCGUCCCUAAAGACCACGUUCCCAGGGACAGUCUCGUCCCUAAAGACCACGUUCCCAGGGACAGUCUCGUUCCUAUAGAGCACGUUCCCAAGGACAAAGACAGUCUCGUCCCUAAAGACCACGUUCCCAGGGAAAACCCCCACAGUAGGAAGGUGGGAGGAGCUCCUAUAGAGCGGGAGAGGCCCGCCACCAGUAGGAAGGUGGGAGGAGCUCCUAUAGAGCGGGAGAGGCCCGCCACCAGUAGGAAGGUGGGAGGAGCUCCUAUAGAGCGGGAGAGGCCCGCCACCAGUAGGAAGGUGGGAGGAGCUCCUAUAGAGCGGGAGAGGCCCGCCACCAGUAGGAAGGGCGGUGGUAUGAGUGUGAGCCGCUGGGGAAGGAGAGACGGGGCUCCCAACAGCAGAGCAGCACCUCCUCCUGGCCGGGCUGGGGACUGCAGCAUUACUGAACUGCUGUCUGCUCAACACACACAUGGGGUAUCCAGUCUAUCAGACAGUAUAGUAUUGGGGACUCCAGUUCGUGGGAACAGACUCCACCUGUCCUCUCUGCUGGUCAACCUCACUCCUGAGACUUACACCUGGAGUCGCCUCAAAGCUGCCCUCUCCCUACACAGGAAGACCAAAGCGUUCCUGACUCCGAAGAGGCCUCUCUACCUGCUGUCCUCUCCUGAGGCGGAGCUAGGUGAUGUCAGUCAAAAACUGUUCUCCACACCCCGCCGCACGCCCCGCCCACCAAACCUCCGCUCAACGAUACGGGGGAGCACUCCUCUGAGUGUGUAUUCGUUAGCCGGAGAGCUGUCUGAUGACCAGAAGGUCUUUUCGGAGUGUAACCAGACAGGACCUCUGAGCUUCCAGGACUGUCUCCCAGCAGCCAGGAUGAAGCUGUGUCGGAAGGUCGGAGAGGGGACCUUCGGAGAGGUCUUCAGUACCACCAACACCUCUGGAGACGCCGUCGCUCUCAAGAUUAUCCCAGUAGAAGGAUGUGACCAGGUGAAUGGAGAAGAACAGAAAACCUUUGGAGAAAUCCUCCACGAGAUUAUCAUCUCCAAGGAGCUGAGCAGUCUAAAGGAGAAGAAACACAACCAGACCACUGGCUUCAUCGGACUAAAGGAUCUCCACUGUGUCAAGGGCUGCUACCCUCCAAGCCUGCUAAAAGCCUGGGACUCCUUCAACACACAGAGAGGAUCAGAGAAUGACCGGCCAGAUUUCUUCAAUGAGGAGCAGCUGUUUCUGAUCCUGGAGUUUGAGUUUGGAGGCAGAGACCUGGAGAACAGUAAUGGACAGCUGGCGUCGGUGAUGGUGUCUAAGAGUAUCCUCCAUCAGGUGACUGCUGCUCUGGCUGUGGCUGAACAGGAGCUCUGCUUUGAACACAGAGACCUCCACUGGGGUAAUGUGUUGGUCCAGUCCACUAAGGAGAAGGAGGGGAGAUUCCUCCUCAAUGGAACAAACCAUUCCUUAGAGACCAGGGGGGUGAGCGUACGCAUCAUCGACUACUCCCUCUCCAGGCUCGAGAUCGAUGGUCUCACCGUGUCCUGUGACAUCUCAGAGGAUGAGGAGUUGUUCCAGGGCCAUGGAGACCUGCAGUUUGACAUCUACAGACUCAUGAGACAGGAGAACGGUAACAAGUGGGGUGACUACCAGCCCCACUCCAAUGUGUUGUGGCUCCACUACCUGAGCUCCAAGCUGCUGACUAUGACCUAUAAAGGUCGAGGGGGGCGGGGUGUCAAGCAGGCCAGGUUGGACCUGCAGCGUUUCCACGACGAUGUCCUCACCUUCCGAUCUGCCUCUGAGAUACUGUACAACUGUGGCCUGUUCCAAUGAGAAAGCGAGUGUGUGUGUGUGUGUGUGUGUGUGUGUGUGUGUGUGUGUGUGUGUGUGUGUGUGUGUGUGUGUGUGUGUGUGUGUACUGCCACAUAUUGUUGUUGUUAGCUUGGUUAGCGGGAUGCUAAGUGGUUAGCUAUAGUAUUGUGUAGGAUCCAGUCGUAACCUUUUUUGGAGGUGAACUCUUCUUGUGAACAAUAUUUAUAAACCCAGAAGACUAAUGGCUUUGUAUUCUAAAAUUAAAAAGGGGUUUUGUUAUUAAACGUUGAAUAUAAUCAAUGAC